AUGGACAUUCAGCUUACCUAUCUUUGCUGCAACUUCGAGAAGGAGACCAUGGAGCAUAUUUUGUUCCAAUGCCCGAGGGCAAGGAAUGCUUGGUCCUUGGCUGGGAUGUACGUGCAAGUGGUCCAAGCAAAGGUCCCUACCGAGGUCUUUCUAGAGCUUUUGGAGCACAGCUUUGGAGGUCGCAUACCUAGAGCAGUGGGCAUCCGAGCAGCCUAUGUGGCCCUCCAUAUUUGGCUGGCUAGGAAUGGGUUGGUGUUCGAAUCCAUGCAGUCUUCUGUGAGAUUCGCUAUGGAGAGAGCCUUGACCAUGGCAGCGGAGAUGAUAGGUGCGACAUCCAGACUAUUGGAUAUCUGGAGCUCCCAUCUUGCUUAUACAGCGACUCAUCAGGUGUUCAUUUCAUGGGAGCCCCCUCCUCUGUCAUAUCUGAGGGUCAAUUUUGAUGGGAGCAUUAGAGGCAGGCAUGGAGAGACUGGUUUUGUGAUUCGUGGGCUAGACUCUAGAUUGAUAGUGGCGGGAGGGACUUACUUACUGGAGCCUAUGAUUCCUAAGGCAAAGUAUCGCACAGCAUGGGCGAGGAUGCUAGGAGGAUUCUGGGAGCUGGUCAGAUGA